GGCAGCCGCUCGCGCAAGGCAAAGUCCGAGGCCAUCAUCAAGAUGGAGGAUGACGCCAACCAGAACACCGACGACGACGACGACAACGCCGACGCCGACGACAACGACGAUGAUGGAGACGAGCACAUGCUCAUGAACCAGGUCCCCGAGACCCCGACCAAGAAUAAGACCGGGCGCGUCGUCGGCAAGCGUACCAAGGCUGGCCCAGGCCGCAAGGACAAUGGGACCACGGCCGGGCCCUCGGUCAUGGACGAGUUCGUCGACUUCCCCGCCGUCCUGCCCGAGUCGGUCAUCGAGCGCGAGGCCAUCCUGGUUAACAACAACGGCGUCUGGACCGUCUCGCCGGUGCCCAUCGACGUGCACGCGCAGUGGCUCGCCCGCCUGCCGGCCAGCCUCCAGACCCGCUUCUAUCUCCAGGCCCACAGCGUCACCACCGCCGCUCCCACUGCGGGCAUUGCGUAUAGCAACCAUGGCGACAAUGUCACCGGCGAGGGAAACACCGGCAACGCCGGCUUCAUCCUCCCUCACGCAAUUGCGCCAGCGGUGGCGAGGGAGAACGAAGAGGAAGAAGAAGAAGAGGAGGAGGAGGAGGAGAAGAAGAAGAAGAAUGAGGAGGUUCACGAUGCCAACAACACCGCAGCCGAGCAUCAGGAACGCCUUUCCAGCCUCCCCGGCAUGGUGCCCAUGGAUUUGGGCGGCUACGUCGCCCCCAACCAGCACAACGGCAGUGGCACCAACGACGAGGACAGUGCUGCCGCUGCCGCUGCCGCUGCCGCUGCCGUUGUCGGCGGCUGUGGUGGUGUCGAUCCCGACAACGUCGACUUGCACUCGAUCCCGUGGCACCCGGGUUUCUUCGCGGAGCAGAUGGCGCGCCGGGACGAGGAGCGCGACCGCGCGGUGCUGUUCGGCGGCGGUGACGGCCAUGAUCAGGACGAGGACGGAGAGGAGGGUCAUGACGGUUACUGAACCGGCUUAGAGCUAAACCUUGCAAUGCUCCUUCCUCCUUUUUUAUUGUUUUGUUGUUGCCUGCCUCGGUUGAGCUAGCGGGAGAGGCGAGGGAGGGAAGGGAAAACGUUCUUUGACCAGGCGCGGACUGGCGGCGUUUUGCUUGUUCUUCUCUCUUGAUUGCUCGUUGGUUUGAUUCCGGUGUUUCCUUUCCCCUUCCUCCUCACCGGCCUUCCCCCCCCCUUUUUUUUU